AUGUCGGUCGAAAGCUCAAGUGAUGCUCUGCUUAAAGACAUCUUGGAGGGGAUGAAUGCGUUGCGGAAGGAGAAUGCGCAGCUUGCUUCUGCCAUAGACGAGAUCAACGGCCGGGUGAAUAUGCUCGCAGGCGUCAAGCAGCUAAAGGACGAAGCGAAGAGUGAAGCUGCGAAUGGCGCCUCUGGGCAGAAGGCCAAAGACGCAGAGUCGGAGAAGACCGUAGAGGCUGUUAGCCAGCAGUAUGAGCAAGCACCUGCCAUUAUUGAUGCUGCCCCUCGCCGAACAAGCGUCUCCAAGACAUCAAAGAUCAUCUUGACAUCGUAUCCCGGUCAAGCUGGCGUUGAUCCUCUGCCCAUGGAUUGGGGCGCUAAGGAUCCAGCCGUACGAGGUCCCGUUGUUGUGUCUAGACACCCAAGCACCAUUCGCAGGCGCAAUGCUAUCGGUGCUCACGGAGGCUCUUAUUCUAUCUACCACGCUCUUGCUGUCGCCAGCAAGAACCUCGACGUAGAUCACAAGCCCGACUUCACCAACACCGAGCCCGCGGCGAACAUCGGCCCUUUCCCGCAAUGGAGCGACAAGAAGAAGAUUGUUGCCAUGGAUCCGUUUGGCCACCUUGCUCCUUGGCUGUAUAAGGACAUCGUGCAGAAGGAUGAUGUUGAGAUCAGGCCGACCAUUGCCAUUACAAAGGCGCACAUGAAGCUUCCCGAGCUAGAGACAAGCGUGCAGAAAGGUCGACUUGUACCAGAUGGCAAAAUCUGCUUGAACGCAACUGGCGAGCUUGCGGUGACUAAGGUCGCUGUUGAGCCCGUUUGGUAUCUUCCCGGGGUAGCUGAGCGCUUCGGAAUUGAUGAGGGGACCCUUCGCCGGGCACUGUUCGAGGAGACUGGCGGUUCCUACCCUGAAUUAAUCACCCGCCACGACAUCAAACUCUUCCUACCUCCUAUUGGAGGUCUGACCGUCUAUAUCUUUGGCGAUCCCGCUAAGAUGGCGGAUCCGAACGUUCGUCUUGCCCUUCGCGUCCACGACGAAUGCAACGGCAGCGACGUCUUUGGCUCCGACAUCUGCACCUGCCGUCCGUAUCUCAUCUUUGGCGUCGAGGAGGCCGUAAAGGAAGCCCAGAAAGGUGGUAGCGGCGUCGUCAUCUACUUCCGCAAAGAGGGGCGAGCGCUCGGUGAGGUGACCAAAUAUCUCGUGUACAACGCGCGGAAGAGAGGAGAGGACCGCGCCAGCGAAUACUUCAAGCGGACCGAGAACAUCGCUGGAGUCAAGGAUAUGCGCUUCCAAGCCUUGAUGCCUGACAUCCUACAUUGGCUGGGCAUCACGAAAAUCGAUAGGAUGCUCAGCAUGUCCAAUAUGAAGCACGACGCCAUUGUGGAGCAAGGCAUUCCUAUCCAUGAGCGCAUCCCCAUCCCCGAAGAGAUGAUUCCAGAAGAUAGCCGCGUCGAGAUUGAUGCAAAGAUCCAAGCCGGAUACUUUACCACUGGCCAUGUCAUGACGAUGGAGGAGCUCGCGAACGUGAAGGGUCGUGGUUGGGAGGACAUCGAUGGACGCCUGAAGGUGGGUUCUUUUCGUUGGUUCUGGACGGGACGUGGAGUGGGCUGGAAAGUGGCGGAUAUACCAGUGGCUAUCGUAGCCCUCCGACGCCCACCUCCCUUCGUUGCAAUCAUGGCUGUCGGCAAGAACAAGCGUCUUUCCAAGGGAAAGAAGGGUCUUAAGAAGAAGACCGACACCUUCGCGAAGAAGGACUGGUACAACGUCAAGGCACCGGGAACUUUCCAGAUCCGAGACGUCGGCAAGACCCUCGUCAACCGAACCACCGGUCUCAAGAACGCGAACGACUCCCUAAAGGGCCGGAUAUUCGAAGUCUCCCUCGCCGAUCUGCAGAAGGAUGAGGACCACGCUUUCCGCAAGGUCAAGCUACGCGUCGACGAGGUCCAGGGCAAGAAUUGCCUGACCAACUUCCACGGCCUCGACUUCACCUCCGACAAGCUCCGCUCGCUCGUCCGCAAGUGGCAAACCCUCAUCGAGGCGAACGUCGUUGUCAAGACCACCGACGACUACCUCCUCCGCCUUUUCGCCAUUGCCUUCACUAAGCGACGGCCGAACCAGAUCAAGAAGACCACCUAUGCCGCUUCGUCGCAGAUUAGGCUGAUCCGCAAGAAGAUGGUGGAGAUCAUGACCCGGGAGGCCAGCUCGUGCUCCCUGGCUCAGCUGACGCAGAAGCUCAUCCCGGAGGUUAUUGGCCGCGAGAUUGAGAAGUCGACUCAGGGCAUCUACCCCCUCCAGAACGUUCACGUGCGCAAGGUCAAGCUCCUCAAGGCACCGAAAUUCGACUUGGGUGCUCUCCUCGGUCUGCACGGCGAGUCGAGCCAGGACGACUCCGGCCAGAAGGUCGAGCGGGAGUUCAAGGAGCAGGUCCUCGAGAAUGUGUAA